AUUUCUUAACUUUUUAAACAAUAAAAAUGACAGAAUUUGUAUGCGGUAAUGAUGAGCAGUCUGCUGAACAAAAAAAUCCCAAUCAAGAAAAUCCUUUUUUCAAAGUUGCCCCGAAUAAAAAAUUUCAAGCUUUGAUUCCAUUGCUUCUACAGGAUUAUUGCAUUAAUCCAAUUAGUUCUGAAUUGCGAGUCUGUUACGAUGCACCUACCAAUCAAUCGUCACUUACUUACACCUUGACUUGGGAUAAGAAUAUUUCGGAAGAAUAUGAAUUUGAAAAGGCUUUGUUGGAGGAGAAGCUCAUUCAAAAUUAUAAUAAUCUCGCACGCCCGAAACUCAAUAAUCUGGAUGCUCCAAAAAACGAGCCCAAAUCUCCCAUUCAAUCUUUGAACUACGCAGUACCAACGAAGAAUGCUCUCGAGAUGAACUACCCAGCGAAAGACGAAAAGAUCACAGUUAAAAUGGUUAUUCUCACAGCUGCUAAGGAUUAUGGGGUUUUCUAUGAUCACUGCAAAGUUCAAUCGAAGUUUUCUAAAAGUAUUAUUAAUCCAAUUUCCAAAAUGUUGUUCAACAAUGGAAAAGAUGAGGCUGACUAUUUGAAAACUGGAGAACUCUACUACGCGGAGCUACAUCCUGAUUUUGAACGAAAGAUGUAUAAAAUCGAGAAACCUGAAUACAAGAAAUUGAAGUUGAACAAUAUACCGAAAAUAUACAAUGAUAUUGCUCUCGUAUUGGAUUUAGGAGGAUAUGUGAAGAGUGGACGCACUGUGUAUUUCGAGUAGUAACAUUUUUGUAUCGUAGAAGCUUAACUGUUUAAUUAUCGAUUUAAUAAACUUGAUUUUUCUGUUUGUUUA